UUAUGCAUCUCCUUCACUACUUUUCUGAAUAAAAUAUUGUACUUUGUACAUGCUUUUAUGUUUUGUGUUUUACGUUUAUGCAUACUUUGUAGACGUCCUUUAAUUGCCUCAGUAACACUUUGAACACAGGACUUUGUAACAGAGUGAUUUUACACAGCGAUACUGCUCCUUUUACUGGAUACAUCUUCCAUCACUCAGCACACAGGUGCUUCCAUGCUUCGUGGUCAUUUCCCACUACAAACUACUGGGAGCGAGGAGGGCAGGUGUCCUCAGGUGAAGCCACGCCCCCCUGCAGACGGACAGGCAUGUGCCGGUGACAGCCAGAGCUCAAACCUCCAGCUCCACCACAUCCAGACUGAAAGAGCAGCAGCAGUCCGGUGCCAUGGACCGACGGCUUCUCCUGUGCGUGUUUAAAACGAUAUUUAUUAUCCGGGAGGUGUGUUUGAGUUAACUGCCGAUUAUGGACCGACUGGACGAAUGGCGCUUCAAGCCCAAGAACAUGGAGCUGGAGGAGGAUUUCUACUUCGACUACGGAGCGGAGGAAAUGACAGAUGAUCAAGACCCCAGUGAACUUGUGGCUGCUCUGAAACAAAAGGAGGAAGAGGUUCUUUUGGCGGCCCAGCUGGGAAACGCGUUGCUCCUGGAAAACCGUCAGUUGAAAGAGCGCAGCGACAAACUUCAUGAAGAAUACGCAGACAGGCUGGAGGAGCUGGAGCAAGGCAGGCAUGCGCUGCGGCUGAAGCUGGAGGGCUGCCAGUCCCAGUGGGAGAGCCAGGUGUUGGACCUGGAGAGGGAUUCGAGGGAGCUGAGCGCCCAGGUGGAGCGGCUCACCCGGUCCCUCAGCGAGGCCGAGAGGGACAAGAGUCGAGCCCAGCUGGAGGAUAGCAAGCUCACACAGCGACUCAGGGAGCAGCUCAACACUGUGAGUCCCACACCUGGAUGCAAGGCAGCGAUGGAGGUGGAGAGAGCCAUUUCCAGUGAGCUGCAGGCUCUAAAACAGGAGCUCCAACAAAAAGGAAGCCACAACAGGCCGCAGGACGAGGAGCUGCUCAGUGCCAUGAGGGAGCAGGUGCUGCGUCUCACCCAGAAGGAGCAGGUGUUAGAGGAGCGUUUGGAGAGUGUGUGUCAAGAAAACACUGAGCUGAGGGCGAGUUUGGCCUCUUUACACACACGCCUGGCUCUGCAUGGCCAACUCAACCAGCAGCACAGCCAACAGCUAGCCGGGGCGUUGCAGGAGGUGGAGGUGGCGCGGGAUCGCUCCCAGCAGCUGCAGGCCCAGGUGGAGGAGCUUCAGGAGGAGGUGUCCCUGCAGGAAGGCAGGAGCUGCGGAGACGCCUCACUGCUGUCCGAGCUGGAGAGCAGCCUGGAGACGGCAGGGCUAGGAGUCAGCAGACAAGAGAUUACACAAGAAAUGGGGUCCAUUCUUCAGUUACUGCUCCCACUGACCCAGAAACUGAACAGCUCGGGUAGGUCAGAGGUCGUCGAUCAACAGGAAGACCUGCAAGCAAUGUUGUAUCAGCUGAAGGGAGUGGCCCAAACCCUGGCAUUGACGUCCAGCCCUCAGGAGCUGAAUCAAGCUUUUGUCGACGGGUCGGGCGAUCAGUGUGGGAAUCCAAGCGCAGUCCAGGAGCUGAGAGAUCAGAACAUCCAGUUGCAGCAGGAAAACACUGAGCUGAAACAGAAGCUGCAGGAUGUGCAGGAACAGGCUGAAGUCGUCCAACGGGCCAUCAGAGACAGAGAUGAAGCCAUAGUCAAGAAAAACCUGAUGGAGGUUGAGUUGGUGAGAAGUAAAAAUGACAUGAUGUCGCUCAACAACCAGUUAUUAGAAGCCAUCCAGCGUAAACUGGAGCUGUCACAGGAACUGGAGGCCUGGCAGGACGACAUCCAGAUCAUCAUCAACCAGCAGCUCAGGUCCCAGCAGCAGAUGGAGCAUCCUCAGAAGAAGUCCACCUCCAACGGCAUGUCCUUCUUCCGCAGGCCCAGCAGGACGGCCUCCACCUGGACACGCCAGCCCUCCUCCUCCACCACCACCACCACCACCACCACCUGGAGUUCAGAUGCUAAUCAGGGCAAAACUCAAUCCCCCUGGAGGGACUGGUUAAGACGGGGGAAAGGGUCAAACAAUGGACAGUGAGGGCGAUACCCACCUCCUGAGUGCUGAGUAAAGGAUGUACCAGAAGGAUGGGUCAGAGGUCACAAGUGCAGCUUCCAGGACAUCAUGUGUGGUGAAAAGAAGCCAUAAAGACACUUUUAAUACAGCGAAGAACCACAGAGCCGCUGCGGACAAAGACUUGUCAAAUUGUCACUUAAUUGUACACAUUUCACUGAGAGACUGAGCCUUCCUAAAAUCUGAACACAAAUUUUUCAAAAAAUUAUAUUAGAUGGUUUGCUUGAGACGAUAAAUACUGUGCCUUAUUUUGUAGAUUUGUGAAUGUCUUUAUGACUGAGACUUUAUAUGGUAGGUGCAGUUCAAUGGAGAGUAUUUGUUCAGGUUAUUUAAUGACACAGAUCAAAGAGUGAGAGAGAAGUACCGUCAGAAAAAAAAAGAUUAAACAAUGCAGUUAUAAUCAUGCUGAAUUGUGACUUUGCAUACCAAGUUUGAUGUGAGAAGUUGCAUGUUUUACUGUCAGCUUUACUUAAAAGCUAAAUAUGUGAACAUGUUCAUUGUACAAGAAACCCUGUAUGCAUUUGUGUAUAGGUGUUUCUUUUGUUUUUCUUUUACAUUUUUGUUCUCUGAAUGAUGAUUUGGUGUGGUAUGAACCUGUGUGAAGCAGACACAUGCAUGUUUUGUGACUCGGUGUUCAAUAUUAAAUCCGCUCAGUGGGUUGUUCCCUAAA